AUGACCAAUGUAUAUACCUUGAAAAAUAUCAAUAAUAAAGAUAAUGAUUCCUUUAAGGGGGUCGGACAACGACUUGGUGGUACAUAUGAGCAAGAGUUUAAAGAAAAAUUAUAUUCCGCUAUUAAAUCUAAAGCCGAAAUUAAUGAUCUCAGCGAAAAGCUGUCUCAUUCCGAAAGUCAACGUAAGCUUGAAGUCAAAUAUACUGCUAAAAUCCAAUCGCUCAAAUCAGAGAUUAAAACACUGAAGAGAAAGGCGACUUUGGCCCAGAAAGCUUCGUCCGCUGACAAGGUCCAGAUUCUUUCUCUUGAAACUAAAAUACGCGAAUUGGAAGGUAAGUUGGAGGACAUAGAUCUAGAGCGCACAUAUCAUGAUUUGGAUGCAGUGGGAGGGGAGCCGGCCCAAAUAAGCUCAUCCGAAAUAGAAUCUCUCAGGCUUGAAUUGGAACAUGCGAAGGAGGACCGUAAUUCGAAAGAAUAUACAAUAGAAUGUAUGGAAAAGGGGAUAGAGUCGUCAAAUAAUAUAUUCAAACGGGAAAUAGAUGCUUUGUAUUCAGCGCGAUCAAAAUUAAGGGAGGAAAAUAGGGCCUUCAAGGACCAGUUAGCGUUAAAGAAAAAUACUUCAUCCCAAAUAAUUUUGAGUGAGGGGAUUCCUUUGGAAUCGGUGGCGCAGAAGCAGUACCAUUGUCCCAAGAAAUACCUCUAG